AUGGGGGGACAAGAGAACAUGAUAACGAGAAGAGGACAAUUGAAAGCGUCGAUAACAAGAUUUUCAAAUUAUCUACAAUCGCAAAGUGUUGAUUCGACUGAGGUAAAAGCGCGGCGAGAAAAAAUAGAAGAGUCAUGGGCAGAAUAUGAACAGGUUCAAGCGGCCAUAGAAAUGGAAGAGGGGAUCAGUCUCGAUGUACAAAACAAGUAUAGAAUGGAAUUUGAAGACUUAUACUUUAAAACUAUUGCUGCAGCAGAGAAAAUCAUGAUAGCAGCAGGCUCAACUGUAUCUCAAGACGAGAGUAGAAAUAAAAAUUCGGACAUCGAUAUACCUAAUGCGUGUAUGAAUAAAGCAUUGUCGACGGUAAAGUUGUCGUCGUUGAGCGUACCGGAAUUUACCGGUAAUUAUCAAGAAUGGGCAUCGUUUUACGAUAUAUUUUCGGCACUAAUAGAUAACAAUGUGUCGUUAACGGCGAUAGAAAAGUUCUUUUAUUUACGCGAAUCGUUAUCAGGUGAGGCAUUGAGUUCGAUAAAAUGUUUGGAAACAACAUCUAAUAAUUAUACCGUAGCAUGGCAAUCGUUAAUCACGCGGUACAAUAAUGAAAGGGUGUUGGUUCAAGCACAUGUAAAAGCGAUAUACAGUGGCGGAACUACAUAUGAUUGA